CGUGAAGCUCAGGCUGCAGCCUGCAACGCGCCAGGGGGCUGCCUCGGUGUUAGAGGGGCUGCGCCCUUUGCAGGCACUUUUCAAUGUCGCAGUCCCACGGGGCUAUUCUUAGUGACGAAGGCUAGAAGGCAGCCCCAGCGAUUGGCACAUGGAGGAUUGUCACUUUGCAGCCUGGGAACUAAAGUGCAAAAGUGAGAAGAAUGUAAUGCGCCUCUCAAACGAAUGCAAGAAGGCAAGGCCUUGCAUGCCCCACUGUAUGGGGGCACAGCAAGCUUGUGUUUUUCAGGGAGUAGAAUGGGGUUGGCUGAAAAUAUGAACUGAUUAAUGGAGACAACAUGCGAGAAUCACAAGCUUUACAGAUGGAUUCCCACAAAGAAGCCCAGCCAAAAGGAGUCUUUGAAUGCCAGCUAUGUGGGCUAACAGCCCCAUACAGCUAUUAUGGGCAGAAACCCCCAUACACUCAUUCUGUAGUCCUCCUGGAAGAAUGCUAUGUCAUGAAGGAUCCUUUCACCCCUGACAAGGACAAAUUCCUUAUUCUUGGAUCUCAGUGCAGUUUAUGUAACAGACGGGUGUGUGUGGGCACAGAAUGUAGUCUAUUCUACUCAAAAAGGUUCUGCCUCCCCUGUGUUAAUGAAAACCUACUGGAGUUUCCAUUGGAAAUACGACAAGACUUGGAUAAACGGAAGUCUCAUUCGAAAUCCCACUCCUCCAAAAAAACUGAUGCAAGAACUUAAAUUACAAGGCACCGGAAGAGACACUGCUCAGGGUUUUAUAGUGUUUGUGGGGGAAAAAAAAGUAUUUUUGUGACAGGUUUUUAAGUGGGUUUGGAUUUAGGUAUUCCCAUGCAAUGCAGCAUUGGGCUAAUGCACUGACCAGGUUACAUGUAGUACACACAUUAAUCAGCAUAAAGGAUGGGAAAAUAUCAGACUUUUAUAGGGUGUUUUUUUUUUUUUUUUUAAUUUUGAGGCGUGAGCAUGUUAGAUGUUUUCUUGCAAGAUUUAUUACAAAUAUAGGCAAGAUCCCAGAUUUGAUGGUAUAGUUCCAUUGAUGUCCAGAUGACAUUCUGACUCAAUUGUUAAUUUGACAGUAUCACAUUGCUAAGAUUAUGGCAGAUAACAUCAUGCCUUUUGCCCUUCCCUCCAAGUUUCGGUGCUAUAGCAAGAGAUCACUGAGCAUAAUCAGAACUGAUAUUCAUAGAAAAAUAUAUGGUCUGGAGGUCGUGGCAUCAAGAUUAAUGCCACAUGACAUCUGCAAGCCAAUAAAGUUGCAAUGGUACGUACAUGGUGAUACUUACAAGACUGCAGACACCACCUUCCAGUGAGUUGGAAAGAGCCAUUUUAGAGUUGUGAGUGGGUGGGUAGUGCUUCCUUUACAAAUUAGAAAAAGAUAAUGCUUUCCAUGUCACUUUUUUUUAUCUUGACUGGACAAUAUUAUUUACUUAGAAAUAAUAAAGUUCAGCCAGUGAACUGACAGAUCAGCCUUAGCCUUUCUUGAAGAGAAGCUCAAGAGCUAUUUUUAAAUUAGGCUUUGCAGCUUUAAACUACAAUUGAAGUGAUGGCCUUUAAUUUUUAUAUAAAAUAUCCCAUGUAACUAAAGCAAAAAUAAUAAAAGUUCAUAUCACA